AUGUCAAUGUAUCCGCCGGCUCCGGAGCCAAAAAGUCUCCUCGGCUACCACCGCAUCCUCUCGCCAACCGCCGGAGUUCGUGUAUCGCCGCUGUGUCUGGGAACAGCGAAUUUCGGUGAGGCCUGGAAAAACUUCAUCGGAGAAUGCAGUAAAGAUACCACCUUUGCGAUCCUGGACCACUUCUAUGAGAAUGGUGGGAACUUCAUAGAUUGUGCCAACAAUUACCAAGCCGAGGAAAGCGAGAUCUGGGUCGGCGAAUGGUUGAAGAAGAACAACAACCGUGACGAGAUUGUGCUUGCCACCAAGUUCACCUCCGGCUACCGGACCAACGGCGCCACCGAGAAGAUUAAGAGCAACUUCCAAGGCAACCAAAGCAAGAGCUUGAGGCUAUCGUUGAACGACUCUUUGAAGAAGCUUCAAACGGAUUAUGUCGACCUGCUGUAUGUCCAUUAUUGGGACUACACGACCAGUAUUCCCGAGUUGAUGAACAGCCUGCAUGCGUUGGUCACCGCUGGCAAGGUGUUGUACCUGGGUGUCUCGGAUACUCCAGCGUGGGUCGUGGUCAAGUGCAAUGACUAUGCUCGCUUCCACGGGUUGACUCAGUUUUGCGUUUACCAGGGUCACUGGAGUGCCGCAUUCCGAGAUUUCGAGCGUGAGAUCCUUCCCAUGGUCGAGGCCGAGGGAAUGGCGAUCGCGCCAUGGGGAGCGUUAGGUCGUAGCAUGUUUAAAAGUGCAGAAGAGUACAACGCUGCUGAUCGGGAAGGCCGCAAGACAGGUCCGCAGUCCGAGACACAUCGUAAGGUGGCCAUGAAGCUCGAAGAAAUCGCGAAGAAGAAGGACACGGCGAUCACCAGUAUUGCUCUUGCCUAUGUGAUGCAAAAAGCUCCCUAUGUCUUCCCAGUUGUCGGCGGCCGCAAAGUCGAGCACCUGCAAGGCAAUAUCGAAGCUCUCGGCAUCAAGUUGACGCAGGAAGAAAUCGACGAGAUCGAAGACACUGUACCGUUCGAUGUCGGCUUCCCGCAGAGCUUCCUGUUCAGUGGUAAGCCGUACAGAUCGAGAUACACUUCCGCCGAAAUGCCUCUCGUGAUCACCAAUACUGCCUUGGAGUCCCAGCCGAAACCACAGCCCAUCGAGCCGAGACAACGAGAGAACAAGGAUUGA